AGUGAUUGUAGCGGUCAUAGUGGCGCAAGGUAAAGGACUCAAGCAGUCGUGGUCAAUGCAAAGGUCAGCCUGGAGCCCAUGUGCUCCCCAUACCUAGAUAUACCACUCGACUAUGUACACAAGCAGGCCGCGCCGUGAUGCGACUCGAGUCCAUGGUUCAUUUCCUACCAAACCAAUCAACAUCCUACUACCUCGGUCCAUAACGGCCAUCUUUCGCAGCAACCGAAGCACGCCCUCGACACCAAAAGACAUCAACGUCAUCGUUGAUCAGUACUCAUCACUAGGUUUUGCUCCAUCUCCGACAGCGAGCGAAAGCCAGCCACACGAAUCUUCUCCAUGUGAUGAUGAACAUACGCAUCCUGACAUGCCCUUAUCACCACCGCCAUAUAUGCCUUCAGUAUCUAAGCUGUCCAACGCUCAUCGAAGAGACUCUACACAUGUGGGUACCUUGGCCGCGCCCAGCCAUGCCAUUUGGUCGUUCACUACUAGCUGGUCCGUCGCUCAACCCGAUGAAAGUCCCAAGGGGGGAUCUAUAGGCCAGUGCCGGCAGCAUUGCCCAUAGAAGAGCCUUUUCUACGCCUGACCAGCGCUUGACACGCAUGAGUGGUCGAGCAUCAAGCUCGCACUUACGUGGAAAGUUUUCUCAUGCAACCCAGGAUAAUUG